AUGACACACGAGGAGGCUGCUGCGUACUGGCACCGCAAAUUCCUUCGGCAGGAGGAAGCCGCUCAACAAGCCGCGGAAGAAGCUGAGCUCUACUGCGAGAGGCUCCUAGCUGAAGUCCGCAGCGGAAAGUCCAAGGAACAGCGCACCGCUCAAUCUUCCUCCGGAUCUAACCAGCGAGCUAACGACCCAACCGGAUUCGAGAUUUUCUCGAGGGAGAUGCUCAAGAUGCAGCAGAUGAUCGUCAACGCCCUUACAGGACCAAGCAGUUCGGCGCAGCAGCCGAAUCAGACUGAAGGUGUAAAUCGACCUGAGCUCCGUCGCCAACAGACCACUGCACAGGGGAACAUCCAAGAUCCUGUCGUGCAGCCCACCGGCCACAGCUUCCAAGGACCUGGCCCUUCAGCUCAAAUAAAUGGCGCCCAGACCUCAGCCGGAAAUCACGUCCAGCAGCCCAGUGGUCGAAACUUUUACAGACGUGGCCCCUCAGCGCAGAUGACCGCCGCGCAGAUGGCGUCCAUAAACUACGUGAAUCAGCCCACUGGUCAAAACUUCAGCCGACCUGACCCUGCUGUGCAAUUGAACGAGAGAGCCGAACAGGCGUGGCCAGCGCCACCCGUUGCGAAUCCCGGAUUCGUCGCUGAGCCCCAGUUCUUCGAUCAAGGCAUAGACGUAGGCCCUGAGGGACCUGGCGCACUUGUCACCCGCAACUACUACUCUAACUCACAGAUUGGCAGCUUCCGCCCUGACAGCAUUGGUUUCUUCGAUCCCCACCUGAGCGAGGAAGUCUACGGGAAAGGUGCAUCCGUGCAUUACAAGGGAGUCACUUACUUCCGCGACGUUUUCGCCUUCACAGGUCGUCUCAAGAUCGUUAUUAAGACUCAGCAGUGCACAGCUGAUGGCUACCGCGCGCUCCUGCGCGAGGGACCCGGCAUCAUCAAUUGGACUAACAAGCUCGAAUCUUCCUUCCGCGUGCCCGUGUCAAGAGCCAUGAGUGAUCUUGAGCACGAGAAAUACACCAUUGCUGACGUCAAGAACGGACGCACGCCCAGCGACUACGUUCUUGCGAUGUUCCGCAAGGCGUAUCAGGCGGGAUACAAGCAAGACUCUGAGCAAGACGAGCAUUUGAUUCUCACCCUCGCCUGGAAUCACAUCGCUGACGAGCUCCGCAUUAACGUCCCCAUGCUACGCUUUCAGGUGACCGACCAAAUGACUUUCAUCAGCGCAAUGGAGGCUUCAAACGUCUCAUGGGAAGGCAUCUUCCGCAAAUACGCUCCACAAGCUUAUCCAGCUCAGCUACAGCAAUUGACGAUUACCCAAGGCCCCGCAAGAGUGCCCGUCAACUUUGGCGCGGAACACGAAGUCACCGCCGAGAGCGAAUGGCAACACAUGAUGGGUUUUACAUCUGGUGGAACUGACUUGCAGACACUCGAGCCACAAGACCUUACGGCGUACGAUCAAUCGGAAGACACUUUCACCUCAAACGGCGCAUCAGAGCAUCAUCCACCUAAGAACAUCGAUACAGCAUCCCCACCACCGACGACCGCGUCCACGCCGAAACCGCCAUUCGUGCCCUCGAUUAAGACGCAGGCCCCAUACCUCGAUUUCGCGAACAGCUUUACGGAAGAUCAGCAUGAACCUAUCCGCGUGCUCGCAUCUCAAGUCCGCACCGCACUUUAUUCAGCUCCCGCAGGAGAAGGGAGUCAAGAGCAAGGACACAAAGACGCAGGCCUCGAUAUCGUGCCGUGCAGUGCGAGGAUACCGGUUGGUGAAGACGCACCUUUCAACUUCAGACAUUACAACAUCGUAGAGGCGAUGUGCAAGCUUUCACUAGACGGUGAAUUGAGGAGAAUCUGCCUUGACACUGGGAACAUGGUAUCAAUGGUCAACCGCGCCUGGUUGGUGGACGCUCUAGGAGAGACUGAUUUUCAGCGACUUCGCAAGCCUUUGAUUUUUACGUCGCUCGGAGGUGACAAGCUCAACGACACCUGGCGACUUCUACCCAUGUACUUCCUAUCAUAUCGCAACGGUACACCAGUUCUCUUACUUAUCGAAUGGCCCGUUCAAGUCGUCGAAGACUGCCCGCACAACAUCCUCCUCGGGAUGGACGUAAUGGCGCCCGCUGGAUUCUACAUUGACUUGCGAAACCGCGAGGUCCUCUUGAGAGAAAACGCCAACGCCGUUAUGCCCAUAUCAGUAACUCCACGUUCGAAACAGAAGGCGAUCCAGAUGGUCAGGUCUAUAGCUCCGGUAACUCUCCCACCUUUCACCAAGACCUACGUGCGCGUCAGUAUGAAACAAUUACUUCAGCCUGCUCGCGACUACGAAUUCUUUCCAAUGACGCCAACGAACGAUGCAGCGUAUCUACGCCAAGGAGCGAGAGUUUCCGGCCACAUCAUAGACGCAGACUUCCAUUCCGUCGAAGUCUCCAACCCUACAGACAAGCCAAUCUACAUCCCAGCGAAGAUGCGCCUCGGCACCGUGCAGGAACUCGAAAUCGAUGGAAUUAUGCCAGUGUCAAAGUCUGCACCACCAACCCAGGACUUGACGCCGGGAGGAUACUCGCGAGAGUGGUAA